UUCUGUUGACAAGUAAACGCAGGCUAAUCCGUCUCCGUUGAUCCAAAGUCCCGGUUUCACUUUCAAUGAACAACAGCCCGGGUUCAUCGAUCUACGUACCACCAAAACGACGCCAUUUUGAACAUCCCACAAUAAGUCGAGUGAGUCCAGCAUUUAAGUCAAAUUCUCCUCCUUCUCUCCUUGCAACUUCCUGGCUGUACCAACACUCCGACUCCCCAUGAAUCAUCCCACUUCUUCAAUGGAAUUUUCCGGCGAUCCACUUCCGAUGAGUAUGAUCGGAAACGGUGGCCCGCUGGUUCCGUUGCGAAACCUCUCGAAGAUCCGUUCCAGAAUGGAUGCCGUCCAAAUAUUCCUAUCAGAUAACAUCGACAGAGAAGUUCGUAUUAGCAAUCAGCAGAUGGAUGCCGUUUCAUCUGAAAUCGUCACUGCAAUCCAACAGAUCAUCGUCAAUGGCGCCGCUCUUCUAACCUGCGCCCGAGAGGAAACCCCGAGUACGCUGGAUUUGACGGCUUUGACGACUCUAACUCAUCCGAAUCCUGUAGCAGAGAAAUCAAUGGCGGAGAUGAAGGUCGAGGGAGAUGAAUUCGAGCCGGAUAGGGAAAUAGUGGAGUUGGAUGCGAUGGAAUUGCUAGCGGAGCACAUCCAUUUCUGCGAAAUCUGCGGGAAAGGGUUCAAGCGCGACGCGAAUUUGCGGAUGCAUAUGCGUGCCCAUGGGAAUCAAUUCAAGACCCCAGAGGCGUUGGCGAAGCCGUUGGAUAUUGUUGGUGCGAACCGCAGGGCGAAACAGAGUCGGUUUUCUUGCCCUUACAACGGUUGUCCGAGAAACAAAAUGCACAAGAAGUUUAGAUCACUGAAGUCGUUGAUUUGCGUAAAAAAUCACUUCAAACGGAGCCACUGCCCUAAGAUGUUCUCCUGCAAUCGUUGCAACAAGAAGAGUUUCUCUGUUAUGGCCGACUUGAAGAGCCACUUGAAGCACUGCGGUGAGUCCAAGUGGCGGUGUUCGUGUGGAACCACCUUCUCCCGUAAGGACAAGUUGUUUGGUCAUAUGGCGCUGUUCGAAGGCCACAUGCCGGCAGUCGCGGAUGACGACGAUGGAAAGGGGAAAACAUCCGUCACGGCAGCAACGCCGGAGACGGAUGAAGAUGGGGACUCUAAUCGAAUUUCGAAGGAUGUUAAUUUCCCAAACGCGUGGAAUGGUUCGGAUGAUGGAUUUUUCGAAUCAUUUCUGGAUGGGUUUGGUUCCAUUGAGAAUCACUGUUUGCAAGAGGUGCUGGGACUCCCAUGUAAUUUCGAUUCGGAAUCGGAAUGGAAAAUUUGUGGUUUUUGAGGUCUGUUCAGAGAUCUGUAGAUACGAAAUUCCUUGCAUAUAUAUGGAAAAUUUGAUUCAUUUGCCUCCUGAUUA